AUGAGAAGAUCAUCGUGUUAUCCUAAACUGUUUGGGCACUUGGCUUCUGUCACAGUUCACGAAAGUUCAAAUAUCAGGAUAGUUAAUUUUCAUGCUAAAGUAAAUGAUGGUGAUAUCAGUGGAAUCAGUGACAUGUUCACUCAAUUCAAUAUGGAACAGUUGGACAAAGUGAGUACAGAUGUUACUGAAAAAUUGUACAUUAAUAAUCGUGUUAAAACAGAACAAGCUGGUCAAUCAGAAAUGGAGGCAUGA